GGGAGGAGCGUUGUCGAGGGGCCAAAGAAGCGAAACGUUGCUGGCCUGCCGAGUUUAUGCCGACGCCGAAGCUACGCGGCUACGCCUACGGGAAUACUUUAGUUGCAUAGUGGGUUGCCGAGGCGGCAGUAAUUGACAGGAACCGUCGGUACAAGCAAGGCGACCUGUGUAAAGCAUUAUCCACGGAACAGAACGCAAUGCACGUAACGCAGCAAACAACUACCGUCUCAUCGUCCGGCGGGAACGAGCGAUUGGCACUAUGUGCUUUCAACUUUGGCUACCUGAAGACACCAGACGGCUGGAUCAAAAUAGCCCAAGUGAUCGUGGGACUGAUAGUAAUGUCGCUGUUGAUCAAGACCUAUAGUGUAUCCUGGGUGCUGUUCCUGAUGAUGACGGCUUUUGCUUUUGCUGUCGUCAGCUUCAUUAUUCUACUUUCGGCGAUGGGCUCCUACUCUGGAUCCCUCCUCAUCGGAACUCUUUUUUACCUCAACUACCACAUUGUGGGCUUCAUCUUCUACCUUUCGGGAGGGUUGACAUGUGUUGUCAAUGCAUCGCAAUUUGCUGGCUUGGGCAGCAUCAUAGCAGCUGGGGUGCUUGGCCUCAUAGCCUCUGCCCUAUAUGCAGUGGACGUAGCCUUGACAGUCCGAGCACGUGUUUGAAUCUUCAGUGCCAACUGUCUGAUUUUACAUCUGAAGCACAGCAGUGCUCAGCUCUGUAUGCCCUUGUCUUUGCCCUCAUGUACAACUGGUGUUUCAAAGAGUUUUGACAGGUGCUGUUAAUGUCUUUCUUUUUUUCGCAUACAUUUUGCAUUUACCAAAGGAAAUGGAAGUUGAGAAAAGGUUGUGAGGGCCAGCUACUGCAUCACUGUUAUGGCGCAAUGUGUGUUGCUCAGCUUAACAGCAGUGGGACAGGCAGAGCAGCUUGUGUAUGAAGGAGUGUGUUCUAUAUGUAUGCAUGCUCUAUGUUUUGUGCCUACAAUGUGGGGGUUUAAUCUGUUCUACAUCUAAGCAGUUUCACUGAUAAGGUUCUCUUUCACUGAGCUAUAAGUAAACAAUGGCUAAUAACUUUUUUUUUUAUUUUGUGAGGGCCUUUUCAGAAAAAUCCAAACCCCUAGCAUGUUUUAAUGUACUUAACACUCAUUUCAGACACUAUUAACAGAAAGUAGCGAUGGCUAAAAUGUGGCCCCCUGAAAAGAUUCGAUGGUGGCCAGAAUGGUACUAUUCAUUUUAUUUAGAAUGGGUACCUUAAGAUUACAUAUGCAGUAAUACCAGUUUGUGAAAAUACGUAAGAAACAAUCUUUUACAAAAUGUUAUUCUGUAAAUAUUGUCACACACUUCUUGAGGUUGCCUAAUGCAGUGCAUUGUUGGAAAUGGACGCAGACAGCACAAAUGCAAGAACCUUCUUCUGCAGUUACCUUUCCUUUGUGAAAAGUGCAUUGCUGUGGCAUUACCCACUUUUAUAUUAUGCUGUACAUCUCGUGUACUUAGUUGGUGCUUAUUUAAAGGCUUAAGAGAAUCUCUGUAUCUGCUUCACUGCAACUUUUCGUACGUCAGUCCACAGAAACAGGAGCAGAGUAUUCUCUGACAAGUGUGGUCACGUUUUGACUUCUAAAUAUACAACUGCAAACUCAUGGGACACCAUAGGAGCUUAAUAUUUUAGAGAAACCGCGGCUGCUUGGCAAAGUAUACAUUGCCUGGGCAGCAGGGGGCGAGGGGGGUGAUUAAUUUCAAGUUUUCAGCUGCCCUGUAAUCAUAACCACAAAGGCCACAGACCAAAAAAUAAAUUUCAGCUGCAGCUGUGCUACAACAAAUAGAAUAUUGAGCAUAAUUGCAACUGUAAAACUCAUUUAAUUUACCAUAUAGUGGUCAGAUGUAUCAUUUUCCUAUUUUGUUCACCACCGGAUGCUGUCUGUAAAAAACAAUGUAGGGUCACUAAAAUGUGAACAAUUCUUAGCAUGUCAUGCAUGCAGCAACUUGUGUCACACAAAUUUAAAUUCUAGCUGCUUUUUUCUUGCAUUUCUUGCAACUGAAAUGCACACAUAAAUAUGGAUCGGUCUGUUCGUUUUACCUUUUAUUAUUGCUGUCAAACCUCAAUAAAAUGAACGUGGAUACAUAAAGUAAUUCUGAAAUGUUUCUUGCAGAUAUCAGUGUGUAAUAAAUAUGCGCUUAUAAUGAACUUCAGAUAUAAAGAUGAUAUUUCCAUAUCAGAUGUCACUUUGUUAUAGCUAGGCUAGAUUGUAUUGUUAUUGAAUAUAAACCUCUUUUUCGAAAAAAGAAAAAGGAGAAAUAUUUUUCUAAGCGGUGCUUGGUAUGAAUGCAAGACCACUUGCACUCACACCAAGCCAAAAGUAAAAUUGACAAAUGACAAAAGUAAAAUAGCAAACAGGCCAUGUCAGCUCAAUGGUGAAAAACAAGCUGUACACAGCGUAGUGGCCAUGCCGGGUUAUCAUGCAGUGGUGCAGAUUGCAGUUUAUGAAGUGUUAAGAGGUAUGUGUUACAUUCACUAUGUAUAUUUGUGCUCGUAAUAGUUUUAUAAGUACUCAUUUGACUAAUGCAUUUGGGUGACUAGCUUCACAGAGAGUCUCAAAUUGUAUUUAUUGUGGCACAGGAACAUGCUGUGUUAUGCUUAUGCUUUCACAAAGUAUUGAAGUAUUGUACAAAGUAAUAAAAGGUUCAGUCAGUUUCUGACUUGUUGAAAGCAAAGUCAGUGAGACAGUGACACAGUAAAGCUAGAGGAUAGUGAAUCAGUGUUGCGUGCAUAUGUCUGACGUGCUUAUACCGAAAGCUUAAUGGCAGAAAUACCCAUGUGUGUGCCCUCAUAGAGGCUAUGGUGUGUACUUUUAUACAUGUUUGUACUGUUGUGGAGUAUCGCAUCUUGUUAGCAAAUUAUAAGAAAGCUCGAUAAACAUUUGCCGUGAUUGUGUGUAGUUUUUGUUCUGUAGUGACUCACACAUCAAGAAGUUGUGCCAUGGCAGGAAUUUUGUGUACUAGUGUAGUGAAAAAUGCCACUUUUGCUAUUUCAAAUGUAACUCUACCUCUAGAGCUAUGUACCAGAUGGUAAAUGAUCCUUUUUGUCACCACUGAUCCUUGUGAUGAAAAUGUGCCCGGAAAAUACCUGAAUCAUGGCUACAUUUGAUGCCUGGAGUACGUGUUUGCCAGUGCUAUUUUUCCAGGGUACACAUAGGUGGCAAAUCCCAAUAAAUUAUCUUUGUACUGGGGAAGGCAUACUUCUAGAUUCAAUAGUUUCCAACUUGUGGUGUAGCACAUGUGAAAACAAUCGUUAUCUAGUGACCAGCAUUACUGUGGACAUUCCUAUGUAUAUACUAAAGAAAUAACUAUGUAAAUGUUCUUGAAGCACCAAGCACUUCAAGGCACUGUGUGUUCUAUAGUGUGAAAUUAACUGUGACAAUGUGAAGCUAAUGCACAGUAAUCGCAAGUGAGGAAAGACAGUGUUGGAGAAUGCUGCUCUAAAACGAACCAAAGUGAAGCAGUAACUAAGGCUGUUUAGCUGCACGCUGAGCCUGCUGUACUGCCUGCACUUGCUGUAGCAGAAUGAUGCAUGCCACAUAUUUGACUCUUUAAUUCCCGAGUUGUUUCGUAAAAAGAGUACUAAAUUUCACAAUUUUUUUUUAUUCUAGCAAAUUCUCGCACAUUAUACCCAGGUUCGAAAAAUAUAUUACAUGUGUGGUUUACUUCUUAUGUUCAACCAAAAUAUUAAUGCAAGACACUUGCUCUAAAAAAAAAAAAAAAAAGAGGCUUUCCUUCAGUUUAAGCAUAAGGCUUAAUGAAUUAUCUAAACAGAUGAUAGCGGAAGGAAUUGAAAGCAUUGAACAUUUUUAACCACCGAAAUUCAUAUGCGCAGUGAGAACCGAGUUGAAGAGCACAGCUCGCCUCCGGCAAGCGAAGCAGAAAGCUGGGCCCUGCACAAGUGCGGCUCGUCUUUGGCGUUAUUGGUACAAAGAGCUAGAACGAGUAGAGCUUGGUAGAUAAAGGGUAAUGUCCUUGUAAGCCAAGAUGGUGUAUGUAUAGCAUCAUGGUGCAUUUUUAUCUUCAUUUCCUUUGGUAUACUACCUUUGGUGUUGUUUGCACAAGAGAGGAGCAUCAUGUUUUUCUGUCAAUGCUUGCACUUGGUACUAGCCCUUGGUAUUUCUUAGCACACCGUCUGUUACAAUACCGUUUUGUUUAACAGUAGUGCCUGCAAAUUUCAGACAUCUAAACUACAGUUUGACUUGCCUUGGAGAGAAAGCCUUGUUCUUGUUAAGUUCAGAUUAGUGGCAUCUAAUGUUCCUGCUGUCAUCCCUCACGACAAUGCUGCUUAGACAUGGUGGUUCUAGGUUCUCUGAGAACCCAUGCCAAAAAAGUAAAGUAAAUGAGACUGCAGUAAAAACUUAUUUUUUUGGUGGGGGGCAGACAUGUACUGACAAGUAAUUUAGCACUCCACACAAUACCUAGUUUGCACUUCACAGUGUGCCGAAGGGUACAGAACAAGCAUAUUUCUGACAGGCCUUUCAAGAGGUCAUUUGGAAGAAAGGACAAGAAAAAGGCGCCUUUUAUUUAAUGGAAAAUAAUAAUAAUAAUAAUGCAAAGUAAAGUUGCAUCAUAUGCUAUGUUCCCACACCAUAAAAAAAUAUAAUAAUAAUAAUAAAUAAUUGUGAUUUGUGUACCAAAAUCACGAUUUGAUUAUAGGUCACGCCAUAGUGAGGGACUUUGAAUUAAUUUUGAUCACCUGGUGUUCUUUAAUGUGCACCCUAUGGACGGCACACAGGCGUUCUAGCAUUUCACCCCCAUUGAAAUGCAGCCACUGCGGCCAGGAUUCUAUCCCGACAUUGUAAAGUAUCUGUCUUGUGCGCUAUAAGUAAAAAAAAGCUGAUUUUGUGGAGUGACAACUUUGUGAGUGUAAGAUAAGCAUGUAGGUGAUGCAGAGGAAUUAACAACAAAAUAAUUGAAUAUUGCAUAAUUUCUUAAGAUUUCGUAUUUUAUCAAUAUAUUUACAGAUAUUGGCAAAUAUAGGCCAUGACCAAACCAGUUAAUGGUUAAUAUAUACAUAUAUAGUAAGUUACUUUUAAUUGAAACAAACAGAAUUAUGUUUGUGCAAGUCUAUUUGCAUAAAAAAAUUGAAGAAAUCUCUGUCUCACUUUGCAAUGACCGACACCGACAAUUGCAGAGCCGUUUUUGUCGACUGAUCCACACUUGUGUGGCUCCUACUCACUGGGUCAUCUGUGUGGCCACCACCUUCUCUUUUUGCUCACAUUUGCCUUAUGUUGACAUUUCCCCUUGGCCUUAUUUUCUGUCACCUACAGCAUUGCACAUCUUUAAUUACAAUUUUACAAGUUUUAAACAGCAUGAACUAUGCUGCUUGAGUGUACUAGCUGCUGUUGCCUCUGAAAUAUAUGCAUAGAUGCCACUAAUUUCCCAGUCUGCAUCGCACAAAAGCUUUGUGGUCAACAUGUUGAGCAGCAAGAUUUAUAUUGCUGCAGUGGCAAGAGUUCAAUCCUUAGUGGUGGCAGUAGGCAAAGCUUUGUUCAUUAUCUUCUCCAACAUAAUGCAUUCUGACCACACUGCCAUUGAAACCAAUCCUUGUUUUUUGCGGCAAAGAUGGCUCUACACUUGAAAGAGUGCAAGGCCUAUUUUUAUUUCCAGUUUGCAUUGAGAAAAGGUACUUGCACAAACAUUAUGUGACAUAUAAUUACCUUCAGGGUCAUUUAUGAGCUUUUAGUUCGACAAAUUUAAACGCUGUGACAAAUGAGUACAAAUUUUUGUUAUUGGAUUCUUGGCAUCAUGCAAAUUCAGUAAACAGCUGGCUGUGUGGCUAAAGAUCUGGUGUGAGCAUAUAAUUGGUGACUACUGUGUCGUAGUAUAUGUAUUUUUAAAUGAUAAUGUAAGCCUUAUCAAACUACCAUGCAAGGAUUUGCAGCACACAAGGCGACAGCUCAGCACCUCCAGUUUUCCGCCAUUGCUUUACGCAACUCACAGUAAGACUGGUACAACUUCUUUACAUUAUAAUACAACCAUGAGUGUCACUCUUCUCCCACCUAUACUACAUUUCAUAAUGAUCUGACAAUGUAGUGGAAGCUGGAGCUGGCAUGGGCUUAUAAAAAGCACUAUCACGCAAACGCACAGGCAUGGCCGUUGCUAGCGGGAACACGGCAGCCCGUGGCAUCACUCUGUGGAGUGCUCCACCACUGGCGCCUCAUGAAGACUUGCGGCAUAGGCACAAUCGAAGCAAUUGGCGAAAAGCCCGGUGAGUUGUUUGUUUGCCAAGGCUUCUCGAGGUGCCAGUGAUGGCACUCCGCGGAGUGCUGCCACAAGCUUCUGUGUUACCACUAGCAGUGGCCACGCCCGUACAUGUGUCUGUACUGUAUACUCCUUUUUGUCAACGGUUGUCUAAUCAGUCUUGAUUGCUAGAGCAUGCCUUAUAGUUCCCAUUCUGAUGCCACAUCGUUGUGAAGCAGAGCACAGAGAUGCCACUGUUUUUUCGAUAAUUAGGAUAACCUUAGAUGUUAGGUUGCAUCCCUUUGCACAUCUGUUCCCAACCUUUAACCUUUAGCAAGGUGUGAGUACUCUUAUCUCUUCUCAAGGCAGUAUUGGACUGCUGCUGACACUUGCACAAUAUUAUUUGCUUCACUGCUUUAGCAGGAAAAGCUUUUUUUUUUUUCCUUUCUGCUUGCUUUUCAGAUAUAAAGCAGCAGGGGAACAUGUGGUUUCUGAAAAGGUAGCUAAUUUACUGAUGUUCUAUCUUCAGAUAUAUCUCGCUUGUGGAAUAAAGAGCUGUAACAAACUGC